GUCACCGUCGACGUGGUGCAUGAGCUCUUGGGUGGACAGUUUCGCCUGCUAGCGAGCGACAUGCCCCAUCAGCAGCAGCCGAGCAUCGUGGAGGCUGCCAUCAAUCAGCUGGAUGGGGACCCCUGGGAGGGCGUUGCGGCAGCCGCGGAUAGCACGCUGACUUGGGGCUCGGCGGACGCCGCAAAGGUGGUUGCAUUGAUGUACAAUGUUACCAAGGUGAACGGCGUUUGGGAGAAUGUGCCCGAAAAGCUUCGCGGCGUCUUCUGGAUGAGGGGCAACGGGGUUCCGGAGGAGGUCGCCGUGCUGCAGUAUGGUUUGUGGUCGGAGACUUCGCUCAUGUACCUUGUCCCGAGCUCUCCGUUUAGCUGGUCUUGGCCAAAGGGCAAGCCCGCCAAGGCACCGUAUGGCGGUAACUUGUAUACCCCAGACUCGACUUAUUUCAGCGCGAUGAAGCUCACCGAAGGCCAGACAGGAGAGUUCAGGCUCAUCGAGGACACACCAGAUGGAAUCCAAUGGAACCGCGAUAUUAG